UGCCAACUUCCAAGGUUCAAAUGUAGCAAGGCAACAGAAGCGCAAAGUAGCACCAGGCUGACAAACAGUCACUCUUGUCUCUCCACUCUUCUCACUGAGAGAGAAAGACCUUGCAAAUUGCGCGCGCAAACCAGAAGGGUGUUGAAGGAAAAAACCAGAAAAGCGGAAGAAACUGCAAAAUUCGCAUGUACAGGUUAACAAUGAAAGCGGUUGCAGGUUCAAUGCCGCUUUCAUUCCCAAAAUGGCGGCCAGUUCUUCUUCUUGUACCAUCUUCUGUCAACAAUUACUCUUCCCUUCGUUCUCCCUCACUUCCAAUAAGCGGACAGAGUGAAGCAGUACAUUGUUCCAGAGAUAGAGAAGCUCUAAAAGGAACAACAAGGAAAAACAAAAAAGCUAAAGAAUUGAAAGAUGUUAUGAGCGAAAAGGACAUUUCCCAUGUUUUCUGGUGGAAAGAGAAAUUAGAGGCAUGCCGAAAACCUUCAACUGUUCAACUCAUUAAGAGACUUGUCUACUCCAACUUGCUUGGAUUGGAUGUUAACUUGAAAAAUGGGAGUUUAAAAGAAGGAAACCUAAACUGUGAAAUGCUGCAGUUCAAAUCAAGGUUCCCACGUGAAGUUUUAUUAUGUAGAGUUGGAGAUUUUUACGAGGCCAUUGGUAUUGAUGCUUGUAUUCUUGUUGAAUAUGCUGGCUUAAAUCCAUUUGGUGGCUUGCGCUCAGAUAGUGUUCCCAGAGCUGGAUGUCCUGUGGUGAAUUUGCAACAAACUUUGGAUGACCUGACUCGUAAUGGCUAUUCUGUUUGCAUAGUUGAGGAAGUGCAGGGUCCAACUCAAGCUCGUUCUCGGAAGGGCCGUUUUAUAUCUGGGCAUGCACAUCCAGGAAACCCAUAUGUAUUUGGCCAUGUUGGGGUUGACCGUGACCUUGAUUUUCCUGAGCCGAUGCCUGUUGUUGGGGUGUCUCGUUCUGCAAAAGGCUACUCUUUAACCUCAAUCUUGGAGACUCUGAAGACAUUUUCUGUUGAGGAUGGCUUAACUGAAGAAGCGUUAGUGACAAAGCUCCGCACUUGUCGCUGCCAUUAUUUGUUUCUCCACACAUCAUUGAAACACAACUCUUCAGGAACUUGUCGCUGGGGGGAAUUUGGUGAGGGAGGGUUGCUGUGGGCAGAAUGCAGUUCCCGAUACUUCGAAUGGUUUGAAGGUGACCCUGUCAAAGAGCUUUUGCUGAAGGUGAAGGAACUCUAUGGUCUUGAAGAAGUAGUUGCAUUCAGAAAUAUAGCUGUUACUUCUGAAAAAAGGCCCCGCCCUUUACAUCUUGGAACUGCCACACAGAUUGGUGCCAUACCAACAGAGGGAAUACCUUGUUUGCUCAAAGUAUUGCUUCCAUCAAAUUGUACUGGAUUGCCCCAAUCGUAUAUUAGAGAUCUUCUUCUUAAUCCUCCAGCUUAUGCCGUAUCAGCUACAAUUCAAGAAAUAUGCAAACGCAUGAGCAGUGUGACAUGCUCAAUACCUGAGUUCACAUGUGUAUCAUCUGCCAAGCUUGUUAAGUUACUAGAGCUGAGAGAGGCUAAUCAUAUUGAGUUCAGCAGAAUAAAGAAUGUUGCUGACGAAAUAUUGCAGUUGCAUGGUAAAUCUGAGCUUCGUGAGAUCCUCAAAUUACUGAUGGUUCCUACUUCGGUGGCAACUGGAUUGAACCUUGAACUUGACACGCUAGUUAAUGAUUGUGAAUGCGUGUCAAAUAGAAUUGGCGAGCUUAUUUCACUAGAUGGUGAAAUCGAGCAACAGAUGAGCUGUUUCCCUCAUAUUCCUAGUGAUUUUUUUGAAGAUAUUGAGUCUUCUUGGAAAGGGCGCGUGAAAAGAAAGCAUAUGGAAGAUUGGUAUGAAAAAGUUGAAGAAACAGCGCGGAUCCUCCAUAUGGCGGUUUCCGAGGAUUUCCUCCCCAUUAUUUCAAGGAUAAGAGCUUCUAUAGCACCGCUUGGGGGCCCAAAAGGUGAAAUUCUGUAUGCUCGAGAGCAUGAGGCUGUUUGGUUUAAAGGAAAACGGUUUGCACCAUCAGUAUGGGCUGGGACUCCAGGGGAAGAACAAAUUAAACAGCUGAAACAUGCAUUAGAUUCCAAAGGAAAGAAAGUCAGUGAAGAAUGGUUUACCACGACAAAGGUGGAGACUGCAUUGAUGAGGUACCAUGAAGCUAAUGAAAAGGCUAGAGCCAAAGUUCUUGAACUGCUGAGGGGUCUGUCUGUUGAGUUACAAUCUAAAAUAAACGUUCUUGUCUUUGCCUCCAUGAUGCUUGUUAUUUCUAAGGCGCUAUUUUCACAUGUGAGCGAAGGGAGGAGAAGGAAAUGGGUCUUCCCUACUUUGGUGGAGUUCAGCGGCUCUCAGAAUGGAAAGCUAGAUGGUGAAUCCAUAAGUAUGAAGAUGACGGGUCUAUCCCCAUACUGGUUUGAUAUAGCUCAAGGUAGCGCAGUGUGCAAUACAGUGAACAUGAAAUCAUUGUUCCUUCUAACAGGACCAAAUGGAGGUGGUAAAUCAAGUUUACUGAGAUCAGUCUGUGCAGCCGCUUUACUUGGAAUAUGUGGAUUUAUGGUUCCUGCAGAGUCCGCUUCAAUCCCUCAUUUUGAUGCUAUUAUUCUUCACAUGAAAUCCUAUGACAGCCCUGUCGAUGGGAAGAGCUCUUUUCAGAUAGAAAUGUCAGAGAUCCGUUCACUAUUAUCUGCAACAACUUCAAGAAGUCUUGUUCUCAUAGAUGAAAUCUGUCGAGGGACAGAAACAGCAAAAGGAACUUGUAUUGCAGGUAGUAUUGUUGAAACUCUGGAUGAAAUUGGCUGUUUGGGUAUUGUAUCAACUCACUUGCAUGGAAUCUUUGAUUUGCCACUAAGAAGAAGCAAAACUGUUAAUAAAGCAAUGAGUGCAGAAUCUAUUGAUGGUCAAACAAUGCCAACUUGGAAAUUGGUGGAUGGAAUCUGUAAAGAGAGCCUCGCAUUUGAAACUGCACAGAGAGAAGGGGUACCAGAAAUUCUAGUCAAACGAGCUGAAGAAUUGUAUCUUUCUGUAUACGCGAAUGAGAUACCUUUGAAAGAUUUGAAACCCGAUUGUUUUGGUCCAAAUGCAAUUGUGAAUAAUACUACUAAAGAAGCUCACUCUUCCUUUUCUAAUCUAAACUUGGCUACUACCCAAAUGGAGACUUUAAGGAAAGAAGUGCUUAAUGCUGUUACAGCCAUAUGCCAGAUGAAGUUGGUUGAGCUUUAUAAAAUGGCAAACUCGUCUCAAAUCCCAGAGAUCAAUUGCAUAUUUAUUGCAGCUAAGGAGCAGCCACCUCCAUCAACAAUAGGUGCUUCAAGUGUUUAUGUGAUGUUUCACCCGGAUAAGAAAUUAUAUGUUGGAGAGACUGAUGAUCUACAAGGUCGAAUCCAAGCACAUCGAUCAAAAGAUGGUAUGCGAACUGCUGCUUUCCUUUCUUUUGUAGUCCAAGGAAAGAGUAUAGCUUGCCAACUUGAGACCCUUCUGAUCAAUCAGCUUCCAAAACGAGGAUUCCACCUCGCUAAUAUUGCUGAUGGUAAACACCGAAAUUUUGGUACCUCUGAUCCCAUAUUAGAAUCAGUUACUGUUACUGUGUGUAAAUGAAUCUGCAGUCAAUCCCAUUCAAAAUUUUGGUUAGAUUCUAGAUAGGGAUCAAGGGGAUGUAUAUUUGUACCGGUUCCCCGUGAUAUGUAUUUUGUAUGGUAGGAGUCUAGAUGUAUAUUGUUCAUAUAUUGAUCAUUAACUGGCUGGUGGGUGCAACAAUUUUGGUUUCAUAAUGUCAAGUUGUCCCACCACAACAGCUUAACUAGAGUUGAAGCAAUUAUCUAGCAAUAUUUCUCUUGCAUUUUACUCA